AUGAAAGUGGUGAUAAACAAGUACGAAGAACUUGUCAUGCGACGAAGAACGAAUUAUGAUGAAGGUCCAGGAAAUAAUACCAGACUAAAAGAAAGUCAGACUACGUUAAAUACUGACAAGAAGACCAAGGGAAUUUUUUACUUCAAAUGGGAAGGAGACGAGCUGGUCAUAGACAACAAAAACUCUCCAAAGUACGAGAAACCAGAACAUCCUUAAAUGUUCAUGGGUGGGAAUAAAGACUUGGCUUUGAAAAUGGGAUGGAUUACACCAUGGCCAGAGAAGAACUCGUACAAACUUGGAUCUAAUCUCAUACCGGAAAGCUAUGCAGAGGACGGAUGUGCCUCUGCAGCUCACAAUCUGAUGUUCAGACCCAUGCAAACCGACAAGCCUAACGGUUUCGACAUGUCUACCCUUCAGUAUUACUUUCACCUCAACGAAAAUGAAGAACAAGUGUAUCUCAGUGCGGAAUGUAAUUGGAGAUUCAAAAAUAUCAACAAAACCUUUGAUCACAUGAUGAGAAAGACUGCACAGAGUUUUUUCGUGUACUCAGACGUGAUGAUGAGUGGCAUAGUAGGAAAUCAAGUCACCGAUAUCAUGCGAAAGGUUAAAUACCAACGCACGGGAGCAGGAGUGAAUUAUUUCGAACCGUUACAUAUUCAGUACUUACCAGUGCGAGGCAACACCAUUCAUACCAUCAAAGUAGAAGUGUCCGAUCAUAAAGGGGAAUUGGUUAAAUUUGGAGAAGGAGACACCAUAGCGACAUUACGGCAAACGGCAAUCAUGAGAGGAGGUUCUUUAAAGAGAUUCAAACCCAAUGCUGCAGGACAAAAAGGAGAAGGAAUAAAAGAUAUCUUGAGAAAAAUUUUGAGUAAUACGUGGAAAGGAGGCGUCGCAGGCUUUAAAAAGAAAGCGCCUCUUCGUAAGAGACCAUACAACGCGAUCAGGGGUUUUCAACAAGGAUUAAAGAGCGGUAUCAAGAGUGACAAACGAAGUGAAACGUCAAGCAGCCAAAGGACUGAAAGGAUUUUUUGAUUGAGAAUGAAUUGUAUGGGACCCGUGUAUUCUAGAAAGGUGUCUAGCGUGCGUUCAAGAGCAAAGUACAAAAAGGAGGACGAAUCUUUCAAGAAUCACCAUUUGUACCUGUAUUCGAACCUGAAACUGUCAAGUGGUUGACGAAACGCACCACAAGAAGAAGAAAGGAGAAACGAUAAUGUCCACGGAAGUCAAUCCCGCGUAUGGGAGUUCGCUACCCAUGGUCAAUGCAAAAUUAGACCUUUUCAAAACGCCACCGAUGGACAUUAGUACCUCUACCUACUGUAUGGUACCCACUCAACCGUUCAUUACUGGCACGACACCCACUGAUUUCCAAGUGAAUGCCCAAGGGGAUUUUGUGGAUUUGAAUCGAAGUUACUUCGAUGUGGAAUUACAAUUGAGUUCGACUGAUUAUAAUAACUUUGCUAGGACUGCCGAUAACACAGACGCCAUGAUUGCACUUGUGAACAAUUUUGCUCAUUCCAUCGUCAAACAAAUCAACAUGAGAUUGAACGGAACUCUGAUCAGCGAACAAACAGACACCUACCUACAAAGUGUAUAUGGAAACUCUAUUAAACAACAACAGACAAGACGAUGAAACGAUCUUAGUUCCUCAGGGAUGGUAUAACCACAUCAAUGUGGUAAGCCAAUACACAGCUGCGAACAUCAAAAAUAAUGAUGCUCAGCAUGCAGCCCUAUCCUAGCAACACAACGAUACUUUGAAAGCACAGAAACAUGCCCCAGUUCCUUUUGUAGCACAAAGAAGGCAUACGCUGAGGAUGAAACCUCAUUUAGAACCCUUUAGGAUGGGAAACCUUUUAGUGCCUGGAGUACAAUUCAGUAUUCAAUUUUAUAUGAAUGCACCAGAACUAAUAUUCGAUGCUGUGAAUAUCCAAGAAAAAAUCAGGGAAAUCAAGAUAAAAAUGUACCUGUGCGUGGUACGGUUAAAUGACACCAUCUUUAGAAGUCUAAUGAGUAAAAUGACCACCCAAAAACAAAUUGUCAAGUAUCCCACAGUCAGGUCCGAAAUCGCCACGCGAUCGUUGAGACAAGGAGAAAGGAUACUGGAAAUACAAAAUCCCUUUCAAUCCAGGAUACCCAAUUUCAUCAUGGCAGCACUGGUGAACACAGCGGCUUUCAAUGGUACCUACGACCGAGAUCCAUUUUGUUUUGAAAAAUCUAGAGUGACCACUUUCAAGCAAUUUAUCAGAGGAGAAGAGUAUUCUUAUGAAUCUAUGGACCUCAACUACAACGACGGACAAAAAGCUUUGAUCGUAUGAGACACAACGGGUAUAAAAUUUCACAAAGGAGUCCCCGAUGUAUCACAUCUACAAAAAUGGUUUACAGCGAAAGGAGGUAUUUUGGUUUUGAAUGAUUUAAUGGCUGAAGGUGGUAAUGACAAAGAAGUCAUGGAUUUGUUUACCAAACAUUCUCAUCACCGAAACAUUACGUUUCUUUAUCUCUGUCAAGAUAUGUUUCCACCUGGUAAAUACGCCAAGACCAUUUCUCGUAAUUCGCAUUACAUUGUGGCUGUCAAGAAUCCACGCGAUCAACUGAGUAUGCAUAAUAUCUUAUUACAAGCGUAUCCGAAAACACGGGAACAGGUGAUGGAAGUCUAUCGAAAAGAAACCGAGCGACCGUUUAGAUAUUUGACGGUCGAUUUUCAUCCGGCCAGUUAUGAUAGGUUUCGCAUUGUGAGCCGCUUAUUAAAGCAUGAAGGC